AUGUCACAGGUUUACAUAUGGGAUCAGACGUUAACAUCCGACGAGAUGGACAAUGUGAUGUAUGCGAUGAUGCAUUACCUGGACACAGGAAAGUCUCUCAAAACGUUGGAGUCGGCCAGCAUUGCGCCGAUAUUUGGAUGCUCGGCUUGUCCUGGUAACUAUACUACAGUUGCCAUGGGCUCAUCGCUUUCACAGUGUGCAUGCCUGGCUGGGUAUUACGAUGAUGGAUCUGGCACUUCAACCUGCUUGCAAUGCCCUGCAUUGACAUCUUCAUCCUUUGGUUCCACCUCAUUAAGUCAGUGCGUGUGUAUACAUGGCUAUUACGAUGAUGGAACUGGCAUUCGCACAUGCCUCCGCUGCCCCCACUUGACUACCACGAGGUCUGUCGGGGCGACUUCGCUCAGUCAGUGCGUCCCGUACGCCCCCCUCGUCAGCUACCAGUUCGAGGACCCAAACAACCUCGGGUAUGACAGCUCUGGGAAUGGGUAUAAUGCAACCAACUACGGAGCAACGCAAGGCCCAGGGAGGAGGGGAGAUGGGGCGGCAAAGUUUAGCGCGGCUGAUACAGAGCAGUACAUGACAAUGCCCAAUAAGAUUGAUUUCGGGAUCAUUCAACAAAGCACAGGUUUAACAGUGGCUUUUUGGGGCUAUAUGACUACAUUCUCUUCCAUGUAUGCAAGGUUCAUCGAUUUUGGUGGAGGACCAAACAAUGAGAGCUUAGCAAUAUACCCCAACGGGGCAGCAACUGCGCCAUUAACUUUCGCUGUGCUUGAUGGCGCUACCCCGAUUAACAUCUCGUAUGACUGGAUUCCGCAAUACUGGCACCACAUUGCAUUAUCCAUAAAUCCCAAUGAUGGGUCGACGGAUCAAAACAAGAUUUCGAUAUGGAUAGACGGUUUGCUGGUCUGUAAUGCUUGUCAGCAAGGUCUACUCAGUUCAGUAACUACAGUAUCAUCUCGUCAAUGGUACAUUGCAAAAGCGAACAGAGCAAAUGGAAAGACAGAUGGUUCAAUCGAUGAUUUCCGUAUAUACAACUACCCCUUCACCCAAUUCGACGUCGAGCAGCACUACCUUCCCCUCUACUACCCCACCGGCUGCCUCUCGCAGUCCUACAACCCGAAUGCCCUCUUCGCGUUCUACCCGGAGUUGGUGGCGAGUGCCAAUUUCCCAGGGGUGGCGAACCUCAAUGCCGCGGUCAGCUCCCCUCUCACCACCUUCGACGACGCAUUCCGGCAGUUGGUUGCAAGUGACAAGUACGGGACGAUCGUCUGGGUCUGUUAUGAUUGCGACUUGGCACACUGGCUCACGUUCUAUAAGCGUAUACUCCCUGUUGAUCCGGACUGGAGCAUGUCCCAGCAGUUUCUGUAUCGCUGGAUCGCGGACAGGAACACGCCGAAUAUUCAUGUCAAGUUCUAUACCAACGAGGCGGACUACCUCGCCGAUAACUCGGCUACCUUGUUCGAUCCGAGCUACUUCUCCAUGACCUACGCCACAAUCAGCACAAGUCCAAGUGUGGCGCCUACGGUGAUCGAUAGCAGCUAUUCAUACCUCACGUUUACGCAUGUGAAUGGUACGAGAACCAACUAUUCCGUUACAUUUCCCCAAGAUACCGUGAUUGAUUACCUUAUCAUCGGGGGAGGUGGUGGUGGUGGGGCAAAUGGAGGUGGAGGUGGAGGAGCUGGUGGAUUAAUCUACAAAACUGGUGUUUUGGUCAAGAAAGGAACCCAAGCGUCGUCAGGUCAGCAAUCGUCUUUCAAUGGAGACAUUGCAGUGGGUGGAGGUGGUGGAGGAGGAUCGAAUUUAGGAUUUGAAACUGCUGGUAAUGGAAAUUCGGUGCGGGAGGCGGAGGCGGAAGUGCAGGCGGAGUUGGAACUCGAGCGAGUAGCAAUCAAGGUGGAAAUGGUGGUCCAGGACUGGCUGUGA